AUGCUUUCUAGGUCGUUGUUGAGGUCCAGAGCUGUGGGAGCUUUCCCCCUCUCUGCGAGGAGCAAUGGCCGCUUCUUCUCCGCCUCUGCCCUCCGCGCCGAUGACAAGAUCAACAGGGUCUCCGCCAACAUCACCCAGCCCAAGGCCCAGGGCGCAUCCCAGGCUAUGCUCUACGCCACGGGUCUUUCAGAGGAUGACAUGAACAAGGCUCAGGUUGGUAUCUCGUCCGUUUGGUACGAGGGCAACCCUUGUAACAUGCACCUCAUGGACCUCUCCGCUAUCGUCAAGGAGUCCGUCGCCAAGGCUGGUCUUAUUCCCUACCGAUUCAACACCAUUGGUGUCUCUGAUGGUAUUUCCAUGGGCACUACUGGUAUGCGAUAUUCGCUCCAGAGCCGAGAGAUUAUCGCCGAUAGUAUCGAGACUGUCAUGAAUGGUCAGUGGUACGACGGAAACAUCAGCUUGCCUGGUUGCGACAAGAACAUGCCCGGUGUCGCCAUUGCAAUGGGCCGUGUCAACCGUCCCAGUAUCAUGGUCUACGGUGGUACCAUUCGUCCUGGCUGCACUAAGCAGGGAGAGUCCAUCGAUAUCGUUUCCGCUUUCCAGGCCUACGGUCAAUACAUCACUGGUGAGAUCACCGAGGAGCAGCGAUUCGACAUUAUCCGAAACGCCUGCCCUGGUGGUGGUGCUUGUGGUGGCAUGUACACUGCCAACACCAUGGCCACCGCCCUUGAGACUCUUGGUCUCACUCUUCCCGGUAGCAGCAGCAGCCCUGCUGAGGAUCCUAGCAAGAAGGCUGAGUGCGAGAGCGUUGGACCUGCUAUUCGCAACAUUCUCAAGGAGGACAUUCGACCUCGCGACAUCAUGACUCGCCAGGCCUUCGAGAACGCCAUGAUCGUCACAACCAUCCUCGGUGGCAGCACCAACGCCGUCCUGCACCUUAUCGCCAUUGCCGACUCUGUCGGUAUCAAGCUUGACAUUGAAGACUUCCAGAAGGUUUCCGACCGCACUCCUUUCCUUGCCGACCUGAAGCCCUCUGGAAAGUGGGUCAUGGCCGAUAUGCACAAGAUUGGCGGUACUCCCGCUCUUCUCAAGUUCCUGCUCAAGGAGGGCAUCAUCGAUGGCUCCGGUAUCACCGUCACCGGUAAGACUAUGAAGCAGAACGUUGAGAACAUGCCUGGUUUCCCUAAGGACCAGACCAUCAUUCGACCCCUGAGCAACCCCAUCAAGCCCACCGGUCACAUUCAGAUUCUCCGUGGUUCUCUCGCACCUGGCGGCUGUGUCGGUAAGAUCACUGGUAAGGAGGGUCUCCGAUUCGAGGGUAAGGCUCGUGUCUAUGACUCUGAGCCCGAUUUCAUUGCCAGUCUCGAGGCUGGUGAGAUCAAGAAGGGUGAGAAGACCGUCGUUAUCAUCCGAUAUGACGGUCCCAAGGGUGGUCCCGGUAUGCCUGAGAUGCUGAAGCCUUCUUCCGCCAUCAUGGGUGCUGGCCUUGGAAAGGACGUUGCUCUUCUCACUGACGGUCGCUUCUCUGGUGGUUCUCACGGUUUCAUCAUUGGCCACAUUGUCCCCGAGGCUAUGGAGGGUGGUCCCAUCGCUCUCGUUGAGGACGGUGAUUCCAUCGUCAUCGAUGCCGAGACCCGUGCUAUCGAUCUUGUCGUCCCUGAGGAGGAGGUUGCCCGACGUCGCAAGGCCUGGAAGGCCCCUGCUCCUCGAUACACCAAGGGUACACUGAGCAAGUACGCUCAGCUUGUGAGAAACGCCAGUGAGGGCUGUGUCACCGAUAGCGGUCUCAAGAACUAA